UCCAAAAACGGUUUGACAACUGUUCAGUUGAUCAAACUUAACUUUACGCAAAAAAAACUCAAAAAAAGUUGAAAAUUUGGAAAAGCACAAAGAUUGUAUUGGAGGCGUUUUGAUCUUGAUUCACCUUCUUCCCGACCACACAUAAAAGCCAAAAAAGACGAAUUGUAUUUUAAAUUAUAACUUCUUCUUUUCAUCCUUUCUCAUUCUAUCAUCAUCAACAACAUGUCAGCAACCGUUUCUCCUGCUGUUCAAGCGGCUGAAUUGCCUUCCACAAACGGAAAGACCGAGCAGCCGGCUGCCGGUGAAACUGCAGCUACCAAUGGCGCCUCUUCUCCCAAAUCAGCUGCAGCCACUACUGCCAAACAACAAGCCAGUCAAGCUGCAAACGAUGGCUCUCAACCCAACACUUCAUUGUACGUUGGUGAAUUAGACCCAAGCGUGACUGAAGCCAUGUUGUUCGAAAUUUUCAACAUGAUCGGUCCUGUUUCCAGUAUCCGUGUUUGUCGUGAUGCCGUCACCCGUCGUUCUUUGGGUUACGCAUACGUCAACUUCCUCAACUCUAACGAUGGAGAACGUGCAAUGGAACAAUUGAACUACUCUUUGAUCCGCGGUCGUCCUUGCCGUAUCAUGUGGUCUCAACGUGACCCUGCCUUGCGUAGAACUGGUCAAGGUAACAUCUUUAUCAAGAAUUUGGAUGAAGGUAUUGACAACAAGGCUUUGCACGAUACAUUCUCCGCUUUCGGUAACAUUUUGUCUUGCAAGGUUGCUGUUGGUGAGGCCGGUAGCUUAGGUUACGGUUUCGUCCAUUACGAAACCCAAGAAGCCGCUGACAACGCCAUCGAGCACGUCAACGGAAUGUUGUUGAACGACAAAAAGGUUUACGUCGGUAACCACAUCCCCAAGAAGGAGCGUUUGCAAAAGAUUGAAGAAGCCAAAGCUCGUUUCACUAACGUUUAUGCCAAGAACGUUGACCCUGAAGUGACUCCUGAAGAGUUCGAAGCAUUGUUCACUAAAUUCGGUCCCAUCACUUCAUGCGCUUUAUCCAUUGAUGAGGAUGGUAAGAGCAGAGGAUUCGGUUUUGUUAACUACGAAAACCAUGAUUCCGCUCAAAAUGCAGUCACUGACUUGCACGAUAUCGACUUCCACGGUCAAAAAUUGUUCGUCGCUCGUGCUCAAAAGAAGACUGAACGUGAAGAAGAAUUACGUCGUUCUUACGAAGCUGCCAAGAACGAAAAGUUGUCUAAAUUCGAGGGUGUUAACCUUUACCUCAAAAACAUUCCUGAAGAAUUCGAUGACGAACGUUUGCGUGAAGAAUUUGCACCUUACGGUACCAUCACUUCAUGCAAGAUCAUGCGUGCUCCCUCAGGUAUCUCUCGUGGCUUCGGUUUCGUUUGCUACUCUGCUCCAGAUGAAGCAAACAAAGCCGUUGCUGAGAUGAACGGUAAGAUGAUGGACAACAAGCCCCUCUACGUCGCUUUAGCUCAACGCAAAGAGACACGUCGUCAACAAUUGGAAGCUCAAAUCAUGCAACGUAACCAAUUGCGUUUGCAACAACAAGCUGCUGCUGCAGGUGGUAUGCCAGGUUACCCUGGUCAACCAAUGUACUACCCCCAACCUGGCUUCCCUGGUCAACCUGGAGGUGGAAUGAUGCAACGUCCUCGUUAUGCUCCUGCUGGAAUGAUGCCUCAAGGAAUGGGAAUGCCAUACGGUCAAGGUCCACAACAAUUCCCAGGUGGUGGAAUGAUGCCUCCUCAAGGCUACAGACCACCUCGUCCACGUGGUGCACCAAAUGCUGGCGGUAUGCCAGGCGGUGUCCGACCUGGAAUGGUGAACGGUGGUAUGGGCGGACAAGGCGGUCCUCGUCCCGGUCAACCUAUGCCCGGACAAAUGGCACCCCGUGGAGCAGUUCCACCAGCAGGUGCUCGUCCCGGUCGUCCUCAAGCAUCUCCUAACGGACAACCUGCUCUCACCGCUGCUGCUUUGGCCAAUGCAGGACCUGAAGAGCAAAAGCAAAUGUUGGGUGAGGCUAUUUACCCAAAGAUUGCUGCAAGUCACUCUGAAUUGGCCGGUAAAUUGACUGGUAUGAUUUUGGAAUUGCCCGUUAGUGAAUUGUUGCAUUUGCUCGAAGAUACGGAGGCUUUGGAUGCAAAGGUUGCCGAAGCAUUGGAUGUGUUGCGUGAAUUUGAACGUAAUGACGCUGCUCAAGCUCCCGCUGCUGCUGAAGAAUAAGUAUGUGUUCUCGCUUAAUGAUCCCCCCCCCCCUUUCUUUUUGUUU